GUAGGCGGAAGUAAUAUUUUUAUCACACUGGCGGGCGGAACCUCCUGGGUUAGGGUGUCGAGAGUCUGUAAGACUAGUUUGUAUGUGUUGUACGUGGAGGUUUAGUUAAACUAAACAUAGAGAAAAUGUCUCGAUUCAAAAGAGUGAAUCAGACUGACUCUCUGAAAGGGUUCAAGACGGAAAAGACCGAACCGGCCGUCCCUUACGGUCUGUUGAAGGCAGCGAGAAAAAGCGGCCAGCUGAACCUUUCCGGACGAGGACUGACAGAAGGUAAUUUAAUCUUUAGUUAGCCCACAUGGUUAGAUCUUAAAAGGAAAACUUAUUUCCCACGAUCCGACGAACACUACCCAUUUAGUAGACUCUCCUAUGGCCCACAUCUACACUCACAGGCCACUUUAUUAGGCACACCUUGCCUGUGCCAGGUUGAACCCCCUUUUGCUUUCAGAGCUGCUUUAAUUCUGAAUGACACACUUUCAACAAAGUUUGGGAAACCCACCUCAGAGAUUUUUCUCCAUGUUGACACGAGAACAUCACUUAGGUGCUGGUGCAUGCAUUUGUCAGCUGCAGAUCUAUGAUCCAAAUCUCUGGUCCCACCAUAUCCUAAAGGUGCUCUGUUGGACUGGGAUCUGGUGACUGUGGAGGCCACUGGAGUAGCCUACAGUGAAUUCAUUCUCAUGUUCAAGAAACCAGUUUGAGAUGAUUUGAGCUUUGUGCCAUGGAGCAUUAUCCUGCUGGAUGUAGCCAUCAGAAAAUGGUGGUGUUUCAACAUUUUAAACCAGUCUGCCCAUUCUCCUCUGACAUUAACAGAGGAGAAUGGGCAUUUUUGUCUACACAACUGCUGCACACUGGAUAUUUUCUCUUUUUCAGACGAGGGAUGCACCGAUCCGCUUUUUUCACCUCCAAUAGCGAUACAGAUUAGUAUCGGCCGAUACCGAUCCAAUUCCGAUAUAGAAAAGCUGCGCUGAAUUACCUUUUGUUGUAACCUGAAGUUUUACCACUGCCCCUCAGAACGUUUACUGCUCAGGUAUUGCAAGUGGCCGUCGAGCUUGUAGGCUGAGGUAUUGUGAUAAAGUUCAGGAGAGCAGACCCUUUGCUCACUCCAUUUUGAAAACAAUGUGGGCAUUGGCACAGCGUGUUCACUUGUGGAUGCCACUCACAGCAUAGCAUAGAGUUAGACUGAAUAGAUCGGCCCCUAUGCAUUGGCCCAUUGUCACGAUACCAGAUCUAGAAUUUUCUUCAGUAUCGGGACUGAUACAGAUAUCAAAUAUUGGAUUGGUGCAUCCCUAUUUCAGACCAUUCUCUGUAAUCGUUGUGUUGAAAUCCCAGUAGAUCAGCAGUCUUAGAAAUACCCAGACCAGCCUGUCUGGCACCAACCACCAGGCCAGGUUCAGAGUCACUUAAAGCCCUAAAUGCAUUGAGUACUGUUAUGUCAUUGUCUGAUUAGCUAUUUGUGCUACCAAAUAAUUGAAUAGGUGUACCUGGUAAAGUGGCCGGUGAGUGUACAUGAGUAUAUGCGGACUGGUAUCAACUCAUUCAAGUGUCACAAGUGUUUUACAACAUCACUUUCAAUUAAGUUGGGACCCUGUGUAAUGUGCCAGUAUGAACAGAAUAAGAGGGUUUGUAAACCGUUCAAACCUCAUUCUUAACAGACAGCAGUGAAAAUAAACUCUAUUAAAUGUUAAAUUUACUAAUAGGGUUUAAAUGAUAUGCAAACCAGAAACUGGAAAAGCUUCAAAACAGUCCAUGACAACUGCGUAAAGAUGAUUCUCAACAUUAAAAACACAUUUUUAUUUGACCAUUUAAACAGAUAUGAUUGUGUCUGUGAAAUGACAGCAGCAAUGCAUGUUCAGUCCCUCAGAAUGUGUAUCGACUAAACAUUGACACACCUGAAGAGGCAAAGCAGAGUGUAUCCUUCGGUGAGUCCGAUUGCUGGUGGGAACAGAGUGACCUCACAAAACUGCUGCUUUCAUCCAAUCAGCUUACAGAACUGUCUGAUGACAUCAAACUACUGCCUGGACUUAUUACCCUGGAUGUAAGUAAAACUGUUUCAGACAUUAAUAAAUCUACUAAAUUAGUGAUGCAGUCGUUUAACAAAGAUCAUUUUUGGGAAGAAGCAUUUUAGAUAUCUGUUAACUGUAAAUCCUUAAAUACAGGCCGGGUUUUUGAUUUGUUUUUACUGCCUCAGGUGCAGGCCUUUAUAUGAGGCCGGCUGUUAUUAGAGGCAGGCCUUUAUAUAAGACAGGCUUUUAUUAGAGGCAGGUCUUUAUAUGAGACAGGCUUUUAUUAGAGGCAGGCCUUUAUAUGAGGCAGGCUGUUAUUAGAGGCAGGCCUUUAUAUGAGACAGGCUUUUAUUAGAGGCAGACCUUUAUAUGAGACAGGCUGUUAGUCUCAAAAAGUUAUAACUGUUCAGAUUUUACACAAACUGAUUUGGUUAUAGCCUAACUGUACAGGAUGUAUGGAUGGUUGUGGGUGAACUCACUGAGUUUUUUUCCUAUAUUCUGGGUCAGAAAAGCAAAUCUGCCACGGUUAAUAAUUGAAAGACGGCCUUUCUUCACUCAUCAAGCUCAUGAUCUCAGUUUUUGUAAGGGUCAUGGCCUAAUGGUCUUUUAUUAAGAGUUUACUGUAAAAUGCCUCUGACCAUGAUUUCUGAACCAUUUUAUAUCAGGGAUCUGCUGGUCUACAAAGGCCAGGUGUAAUGUUUCUGUGUGCCGUGCAGUUGCAGUCGUAUAUUCCAGUCCUUAAAACCCCAAAUACUAUAUUAACUUGACAUUAAAAUUUCAUAAUAUUAUUAUUUCUACUUGAAGCUUUGAAUACUUUAAUUAAAUUAUCUGUUUUCCAUUUCAUUUAGUUUCUAUUGUCUCUAAUCUUUGUCUUCAGAUUGCAGUAAUGAAUAUGGCCUAUUGGCAUUUAGCUUGUAGGGCAUAGUGGGUGUGGUUUUUGUCAGCAGAAUCUAAGGAAUAGUCACACUCACUCAAAAUGAAACAGGAAUAAACACAACUUGUGUAAAAAAAUUGUAUUCAAAUUAAGCUAACAAAAAAGUGCCUGAGUACGAAAGACUUUACUGGGGAAAAAAAUGGACCUGGUUAUUGGAAUAUACCAUCAUUUGGGAACUCCUUAAAUGUGGUCAAAUCUUAAUUCAGUAGCUUUUUAGUCGUUCAUGGUUUAAUAAGUAGCAUGGCAGUGUCAAUUCAUCAUUUUUAUUAACACAAUCAAAGUAAAUGAAAUAUGGUAGAUUAAAAUUUUGCUAUCCACCUUAAGGUUUUAUUUCUCUCCGGCAGCUCCAUGACAACCAGCUGAGUAGUUUACCUGGUGCUUUAGGGGAACUUCAGGAGCUUCAGCAACUGCGACUAAGGUAUACACACUCUCACUCACUCAAUGUAGUUCUGGUGUUUGAUCAGAAGAGUAUUUGUAUGGGGCACAUGGAUUUAAAAGAGUUCUGGUCCUGCAGAGUAAGCUGAAAAAUCCUUGAUGUCAGACCUUGUUUUGUGGAGAGUUUUGGCUGUAAGUGCUCAAUUAGGGGAAGCCUUGUCCUCAGUAUUCCCGGAAAAGUUUCUCUAUAGGCACCACAGAUCCUCAGCUGAUGUGAUAAUAGAAAAGCCUUCAAGUGUAAUGUAUAAAAAAAUCCCAAAUCCAAACCGCUGCGUCAGUGUCUGAAAAAUGGCUAAAUUUAACCUGGACUCCCAAGAAAGAACUAAAUUUAGACCCUAGCUCCUACAGGUUGAAUCAAGUUUUUUAAAGGAAUGACCAAGGAGGCUUAACUUGAAUAUUUUAAAACAAAUACUAAAACCUCAGUAGCGACAACAUUUUCAUCGCAUUUAUUUGCGCUAUGAGUGAGAGAGGGAAAUUUGGUGCCUUGUUUUUAAAGCUUUUAUAGCUGAGAACAGAAAACGUUUUGAAUGAGAGCAACAGAUUUACAGGCAGAAACCAGCCAAAAUAUGGCAACUGCUCCUUGGCAGUUACACAGGGAAGAGAUUCAAGGACAAGAGGAUCCAGAUUUUCUGUUCAAAAUGUGCUUGACCAACAGAAAAAUUGAUAAAUCAUCUGUGUACAGAAACAAUUCAUAUUUGAAGUCCCGCUUUUAUUUGCUGAAUAACAAAAUUCUGCCUUAUACUGAUGGCUAAAGGCUCCAGCGUGGGUUAAAUAAUAUAGACUUGUGCAACAACCGUGCUUAGUCCCAUGCGUAAGAUUUAAGGGUGAGGACCUAUUACCAUUCAUCUCUAAGACCACACAAACUGAUAUGACAACACAUUCACCCAUCCACACCACAGACAUACACUGAUGGCAGAGCUGGUUAUAUAAAAUGCCCAUUAGUAUUAUUAAUCACAUGCCACCAGAAGCAAUUUUGGGUUUCAGUGGCUUGUCGGAGGAUACUUUGACAUCUGACUGCUGGGGCUUGGAUCGAACCGCCAACCUUUAGAUUGAGGAUCACAGACUAAACCGCUGAACUAUAGCCACCCUAAUUUUUGUCAAUGGUGGCUGUUUGGUCUGGGAUUUUAUGUUGAUUCUGCCCUCAUUUUAAGUCAUGUUGUCAAGACUGGAUACACACAAUCAUUCUACUCCAAAUAAACUAAUGUUUCAUUUGAUGUGUUUGUUUGUCUUUGAUGGCAGUCAUAACCAGCUAAAAACACUACCGGUUGAGGUGUGUUUGAUGAAGAACCUGCGCAGCCUCACCCUCAGGGAGAACCUGCUAGAAAGCAUACCAGAGGAACUUGGAAGACUGGAGAACCUCUCUGAGCUGGUAACUAAACCAUUCAGUUAAGAUUGUGGUGGUUACAAUCCUGUAAGAUGCUUUUACUGUGUGGUAUGAUCAGCUCACUGUGUCCUUGUCCUACGAUUGGUUCAAGGACCUGUCCACCAACAAUCUGAAGGACCUUCCCUCCAGCCUGGGUAACCUCACCUGCUUGCAGAAACUAACCCUGAGCCAGAACAAGCUCAGCUGUCUACCUGGGAGCCUGGCCCAGCUCAAAAGUAAAACUUAAAUUUCUUCAAAACCUCUGUGGAUGUAAUUUUGAUGUUCAUGUUGGUCUUUUAGAAAUCUUCUGCACACUGUACUGUUUUAAAGUAUAUAAACACAAUAUCUUCAUGAGCCAUUUUCUAGGGUGAAGGAAAAAAAACUCAACAGGACAAAGAAAAAUCGAUGCUUUACGGCUUAUUUCCCUUUAUUGUGUGCACUUGAACCUGUUAGCGUGCAGAAUGUUAGAAAAUGCAAUACAUUUUUACACCCUUAUUCAAAAAACAAAACCCUCAAAGACAGUUUUUGCAUCUCGCACAAAACAGCUUUCUGAGACCCAAAAGAGUCUUGUAACUUUGUGGUGCAAAUCCUCCAAUAAAAAAGGCAAAAGCUGCUUGCUUUUGGCCCGUUUCCAAGUGUCCUUUAAACAUCUGUAAAUCUGAUGAAAACACAUCAUGCAAAAUGAAGGUCCACACCCAAACACAUUUAUAUGGUAAUAUUAGAUCACAUAUUACAUCAUACUGGAUGUUGGAAAUAUCAUAUUGUCACUCUGCGAGGUUGAGCUCCAAGACUGUUAAACAAACUGCCCUUUAACUUAAGCCGUUGGGUGUGUUCUGUCACCGUUGCGUCCUGGCGUCCAACUUCCUGUCUGAUGCUAUCUGCUCUGUGAAAACUGACAUGUGUUGGAAGCACAUCCUGUGUGCGAUGCCUCAUUGGAAAUAUAUUUGCUGCGUAGCACUUGACGCUGACAGGACGCACCCAAUACACAUCCUGUGUGUUUUUGGCUUUACUCAGAAAAUCCUUCAGAUGUGACUUUUGGUAAGAGGGUGUGAUCAGGACAGUGCGUCAAAUCACGAAAGCCUGCAGCCUGUGGCCUAUCCUCUUUGAAAGAUCUCACUCAUUUCUCUCCAGGAACUUCUUUUUGCAUUGUUUUCAAUCUCAAAAGGGAAAGUUUGUACUUGUCUGAAUUACGACUUGAUUUGACAGAUGUUAAGAUGUUGGACUGCAGCAAUAACCAGCUGACAGACAUCCCCUCCAGCCUAUCAGAGAUGCCUGUUUUGGAGCAGCUUUACCUCAGACACAAUAAGCUCUGCGUCUUCCCGAAGCUCACUGCACCCAUGCUCAAGGUAAUUUUAGCAACAUGAGAGUUUACACAGUUAUUGUUUCUUUCUACUGCAGUUGCUUCCAAAGUGAUAUACUGACAUUAAAUAUGUAGCCAUCUCAAAGUUACUUGUGGUCUGUUUGUAUUCUCACACUUGUGUGUAGGAGUUAUAUGUUGGGAACAACCAGAUUGAGCAGCUGGACUCGGAGCAUCUUGCUUGUCUGACGGCCAUCUCUCUGCUAGAGCUCAGGGACAACAAGAUCAAAUCCCUUCCUGAGCAGAUUUCUGCCUUGAGCUCGCUGACGCGCCUUGACCUCACCAACAAUGACAUUUCUACGUAAGUCACUGACUCCAUGACCAUCUAUCGCAGUUGACCUUUUGAACCCAUCAGCUACACUCAGCAACUGAAUAAAAUGUUAAAGCAGGUACGAACCAGUUUGCCUGUUUUGCAGAGCACGUUGUAGUUAUUCUCCACUCAAGACAAGUUCACCAGGUGGACUCAGCUCGUGGAAUAAAAAUCACGUGCAAGUCUUUAACGUGUACUGGAUCUCUUUCUGCUAGUCUUCCAGCAUCUCUCAGCCUGCUGCCCAAUAUAAAAGUGUUACUGCUGGAGGGGAACCCUAUGCGAGGAAUCCGAAGAGACCUACUCACAGUAAGUGACAAAAUAAAUCACAAACACAGAUAUGUGCGCUGUAAGAAGACCACGGAGGGGAAGGCCACAAUGCUGUGAUUUGGCUUGGAUGUUACUUUUUAAUGCAGUCAUUCAGCAAAGGGUAGUGAUCAGGAGUCGAAACCAACGACUACUUCAUGGGUAUUACUCCAUGAGCACCUCAGAGUUUACCCUGCCAGCAUUAGCUGCAGUUAGCUUGUACUAGGAGUGGCCUAAUAUUGUUUUUUCAGGGGCUGAUACCAAUCACUAGUAGUUGAGGGGACUGAUGACUUGUAUUUAAAAGUGAAAAUGAAAAAAAUUUGGUCAAAACUUGAGAUUUGGAGCACGAUUACCUCUGAUGGAAAACUUCACCUAAACACCUUCAGCAAUUGUGUAGUCAGCAGUUGAUUGUUAACAAGUUACACGACAGCUGGGUCACGUGGUCAUGUGACAUUAAGCCAGAUAGUGUGGCGAGCAGGACAUUAGAUGAGACAAAGUGGUACAGGAAACAUACCCAGAGGGAAAAACACACCGCUAGCCGAGCAUAAGUUGUUUUUUUAUUUUAUUUUAUCGGUCAUCUAUGAAAUAAAAGAACAAUACAGAUAAUCAGCUAAAUGCCUAAUACCAGCCGGUCUAAUAAUCAGUCUAUUUCCAGUUAAUACACAACAAUAGACCAUGUCCACGUUAGCUCUGUGUAGAACUUUGCCAGGGGAAGAAAGAGCUUAAUUUCAACAAAAAAUCAUUAUACCAUUAAGUUUGCAAUCUUCUUCUUUGUGCUCCUCACAGAAAGGAACCAAUGAGCUCCUGAAAUAUUUGAGAGGAAGAAUUAAAGGUAAUGUACAUUUUUAUUUUGUAAAUUAAUUUGAAUAAAUUAUGUAAAUAGACCUAAAAAGACUGGAAGUCCUUCCAUAAAACAACUGUAUGGUUAUGCUCAUCAAUAAAUACUGCUUGACUUUGUCUGAACUACAUUAAAGGUAAAAUUCAACUCCUUUAAGAUGGAAAAGUCUUUUAUAAACCAUUUGUGUCAGCCUAAAUGACACUGAUUUAGUGUUGGUCCAUAUCGUAAAUGGAGUUCAUGUAUUUCAAGAGUUACAAAGCCCCUCAUUGUUACUUAAUCCUGUUAUUAUAGCCCCGCCUCCAGCCCCUGUCUUGCAGCCCAGCAAGGAGAUAAAAAAGGGGUAAUAGAGAGUUAAGAGAGUGAGGGCUGAUCACUACAGACUGGCAGAAAAUGGAAGUAAGACUCUGUAAAUUGAUUUUUGAUCAUGUCCAAAAAAAACUGAUGAACAGGCCUACACUCCUCCGCACAACCCAGGAGGAGGUUAUUAGACCUGCCACUCUUUAUUCAGCCAUGACACAGUACACUGUAGCCUUAAUCAGAUCCUUUGACAGCUCAUUAUUCCUAUUAAAAGUAUACCUCAGAAAAAAGGUUGUAUUUUCUUAGUAAUGGCCCUAUCAAGAGGUUGGUAUAAAUGAGAAGAUAACUAUGAUUACAAAACUCUGAUAUUUUUAAUUAAAAACACAAAUUGUUUGAAUGAUUUUUUUCCACACAUAUCAAUAAAUGUAAGUGAGCAAAACACAAAAGUCUUACUUUCUGGGAAUUUGUUGCAUUUGUGUUACAGAGGACCCAGAGACAGCAGAUGAAGGACCUACAGCUAUGACCUUACCCAGCCAGGCUGGAGUCAAUGUGCAUAACAUUAAAGCCUUGAGGAUGUUGUCCUACAGGUUAGUAAUACACACCUGUUGCUGAAUGCGAGUCAAGAAAAAAAACGUCACACCACAUCUUUACUACGGCAAGAGGGAAUUGAUUUGGGUUCACGUGUUUGAAAGAUGAGAAGAUUCAACAACCCACUGAUGUGUUAUGACAACAAGCCUUUAUUAAAGUAUGGAGGGCAAAGAAAGACAGGACCUGUCUGGGUAAGAAGAGUGGCACAAGUAAAGUAAACAUCAAAGAACAAAAGCUUUUUCAAGAAUAGUGUACAGAUGCAGCUCAAAAACUUCCCCAAAAAGUUAAUUUCCCCAUAAUUUAAUUCAAAAGAUGAAACUUCAACAUUUCUGUUUUUUAAAUCUUGUGGGAUUGGUGAUUUGUAAUGUUUUAAUAUUUUGAGGUAGCAGGUGUUUGAUUUUCUUGAGCCGUAAUUCGUAAUCGUCAAGAUUCAAACAAAAACAAUCCCUAUGUGAUGAAUCUAGCAUAUCUGGAAAUUUCACUUCUUAAUGAAAUUAAAGGGGGGAAAAAAACUUUUUUUGGAACAGUCUGUUAUUUCAAGCAGCACUUGAAUCAUCAACUCAGAUAUGGAUUGCACUGUAAGAUAUUUUCCAAGUCAAAUGAUAAAGAAUAAUUCCUGACAGAGGCGAAAGUGAGUAAUGUUGUAGCUUAAAGUUAAGGUAAACAUGUAAUUUAUUUAUUGUAAGCCAAAGAAAUAAACUCAUCACACAUGCAGAAUAUUUGAUCUUAAAUGAGUUCUUGCUUCCUUGUAAUCAGACGUUAUAUUUCAACUACUUCUGUACAGCAGUUGUAAUUUCACUACAGCUACUGAAAUGAUGUUAUUAUACAAUCCUGGGUGAAGUUGUUGAGCUUAAAAGUAACAUCAAAUAUAAAACGUACUAUGUAUUUCACAUUUACCAUAGUUACAGCAGUUUAGUCGCCGUGUUGAGGAGCUCAGUUAGACAUCACUCUUAGGCUAUGUUCACACUGCAGGUCAAUUCCGAUUUUUUAACCAUUUGUGACACAUCUGAUUUUUUCACGUGAGUGUGAACAGUGCAAUUCAGAUUUUUUCAAAUCCAACCCAGGCCUCUUUUGUAUGUGGAUAUAAAUCAGAUAUAUAUCUGAUGUGACUGCAGUGUGGACGCUCAGGUCGCAUUCAUCCGACCUAUAAGUCAUCAAUAUGCGACGAACGUCACCAUUGUUCGCCAACACAAACAGGCGCGGAAAGCAAUGGCAGACAAGGGAACGAAGAACAGACAGUUGUGCGCAUGCGGGUGACUUCACGGACGCAUUCUGUUCACAUUAGAUGCCGCAUUCGUCGUUGUAAUGUGAACGACUGCACAAAAAGAUCAGAUUUAACAAAAAAUCUGAAUUGUGCAUCAUAACCUGCAGUAUGAACGUAGCCUAAUUGACCACAUUUCAAUUCAUAGAGAUUCGUGAUACUGUGUUGAAGUUGUCGGAGUAAACCAACUCUGACUCUGUUAAACUCUUGCGAUAGCCAAAGUUAAUGCAGUAAGAUUUAAGGAAGGGAAUCUAUGUUACAGUUCUCCUCUGAUGGGGUCAGAGUUCAUGGGCUACUGUAGCAGAGUUCAACAAAAACACAGGAAGGUCUUAUUGGUUGUUGGAAUAAAGAUGCUCAAUGAGAGUGGGAGAAUUUCAUCAUCUGUGUCCUGUAACUAUCCCGAAGUGAACUUCCAUUGUUAUCUGAUCAAACUGCCAUUUCCCAUACACAGGAUGUGUUUUUAUUCUUCCAGGAGUUAUUGUAUUUUUAGGUUGUCCAUCCAUAUGUAUGUCUAAUUCUUGUGACUGCAUAUCCCAGGAACCCCCUAGAGAAAAUACGACACAAACCUCUUCUUGGACUCAACGACAAAAUUGCUUCUAUUUUGAUUUUCAGAGUUUGUUGAUCAUACCACUGUGGCCUCAUGUUCGUUCAUUACUUUCAUGCAUAGUGUCUCAAGGAGGGGAUAUUUUAGAAUCAUCAUUUGCGUUGUUUCACUGAAGGAUGAACUGAAAAGUUUUUCCAUCCAAUUCUCAUGUAGGCAAUAUCUCAGCAACACAAGUGGAAGAUUUUAUUGCAUCUGGUUUAUUUCUUAAUUUUUUUCCUGCCUGGGGGAACGACAGCAUCUGUGAUCUAUUAGUGGACAAUCUCCCCUCACUCUACCCUUGCAUGCCUUUUUGUCCCGCUGUCGUGAGAAAGGUCCACAGACAGUCACAUUCUCUGCAGAGGGACGCUGUGAGAGAAAGAGAUGUUUUCUUUUAUACUGCCUCUUCUACAAAUGAUGGACAUGCAGCGCCAGAAUACUUAUGUUUUGUGUUUUUUCGGGGACAAUUUCAUCUGCUAAGUUAUCUCCUUGUCCCACUUUCCUUGUUGUUUGGCUACAUCAACACUGUCAGCCCUGUCGUGUCGUGACGUUGAUGAUGAUGAUUAUGAUGACAGCCUCAUAACCACAAAAUCCGUUCGGUCUGUUUGGCGUUCAUCUGUGCAUGUUUUUUUCACAUUUGUCUCUGCUUUGUCACUGAGCCAUGCUUAUUGUCAUCUCCCUUUCUUUUAGCAAAUCUUUCCAACUCCACUUUUGAGAAUCAGUAAGUGUGGGGACACUCCUAAUGUGACUUUGUUUUUGUUAUUCUCAGUGAGAAGCAGGCGUCUGAUAUUCCAGAUGAGCUGUUUGAUGCAGCAGCUGAUCAAGGCGUUACCACUGUUAACUUCAGCAAAAACCAUCUGACCCAAGUGCCCUCAAGGUACGCACCAAACCAACCUACAACCAUACGCACCAUCACUUCACCACACCAAGUGCUUUAGACAGAAUGACCACACAUGUUCCUUUGUUUGCAGGCUGGUGGAGCUUCAGUCCUCAGUGUCUGAUCUCAAUCUGGGUUUCAACAGACUCACCUGCUGCUCUGUCGACAUCUGCAAGCUACUGCAGCUAAUGCACCUGGACUUGGGGUAUGCACACAUGGGCUUCUGGCUUGAUAACGAUAUCUUGUGCUUAAUAGGGAGAGCCACACCAGAUGGAACCAAAUGAGACACUGUUUGUCACAGCAAAUCAAUCUGCAGAAAAGAGCCCUAGCACAUUAUGCUUUUGCUUGUUGACAGCGAGGCAGAAAUGGAAGUUUCCCAUUGCAUCAUGUUGGGCUGCAACAUGGCAAGAAUGUUAGUUUUUGAGUUAGCAUGCUAGUUAAUCAGGUACAACAUGAAUUAGCAACAACAGCUCUUUGAUAACUUGACUGUUAAUGCCAAUGUUCAAUUUAAUGCGAGUGAUAAAACAUGACCAGGUAGCAUCACAUUCCUACUGCAUACAAAUACUAUUUCUAAAUCAAGGAAAUGAUCUUUUAGUAUAUUUUUCAUAUACAGUAUUUAUUGUACCGACAUGUUUGUAUCUUAAGUUGGUGGCCAGAUAACAAGUGAGGUAAUAUACAGUUAGUCUUGUCCAAAAACACUGUUUCGCGUGGGGGUCUUGUCUCUCCCUGUUGGGAUUCUAUAUUGUAUAACCAUGUCAUAUGAUACAAACUAUACUUACAACUAACUAUACUGAAAUGAUCCCUGAUAUUUGCAUGCAGGGAUGAAGCUAAUAUGUUGCUGUGGUUCAUGAUACUGCUGGAUUUUCUGAAAUGUUGUUUUUUGUGAAUUUUAUUGAUUAUAAAGAACGUUAUGCUUCUUGAUUGACAUGUUUAGUGAAAUUCUGUGAACGGAUAAUUUUAGUGUAUUUAUAAGAAUAUCCAGUUCUGUGGCAUGUUGUUGUGUUUUAUACUGUAUAUCCUUUGUCUGAUAAGGUAAAGUCUUAUUAAGAUCAAUUUUUUGAUACUUUGCCCACAUGGUCUACACCACUGUGCUGUCUGCUGCAAUCUUAUGUUAGUAUCAAUUUUCCAUUCUACAGAAAAUAUUUAAUAAUAAAACACAGACUGAUUUUUCUUGCCAUGAUUAAACUGUAACCAAACAUCUACUCAUACUAAUCCUACAUUAUCUACUUUCAGGAAUAACCAGUUAAGUGAUUUACCACCUGAAAUGAAGAACCUAACUAAACUACGAUCCAUUGCCCUCAAUUACAACAGGUAUCUCUCUGUUUCAGGACUGUUUUUUUUCCUCAAUUUAACUGUUCAAACAAUUGCAAUGAAUGUCAAACUGUGUGUACAGCUUCAAACCUCUCCAUGACUCCCGGUCAUGUAAACUAGUAGGAAGAUCUCUAGCUUGACCUGUGGCUAACAUUGCUUCUGCUGUUCCUCACUAGUGUCUCCAUGAUUGUAGGAAUUUGUGUUAUCAAAAAAAAAACUUGUCUCUGGCUAAAUUCUUUAAUCCACAACUUAAUUGUUGAGUUUUUAAUAAAGGUUUAGAAUAAAAAAAAACACAUUCAUUAUUACAUCAGAUUAAAUGUCCAGAUCAGUUAUUAGUGUGGAUUGCUCCAGAGUUUGAAAGGUAGCUGAAAAAGAUUUGAGUACUGAAAACAGGAUGACUCACUCUCAAUGGCAGGCAAGAGGAAUUGAGAGAGGCAGGAACCAAAAAUUGAACUGUCCUUAUUUUGUCUGCUAUGAUUCUUUUGAGCCACUUACCUGUGAAAUCAGUCCUCGCACUUGGAGGACUGAUGGUCUGAUCAUAGUCUACAUGUCACACAAGUAUCAAAGAGACCUGAGGCAGGGUACUGAACCCCAAAUUAUCCUCAAGUGGUGCAGCCAGCAGCAUGGAAAUGGAAUCAGUUGAUAGAAAAUGGACAGUGUUUAUUUAUUUAGCACUUUCCCUAGUCCUCUGAAUGCCCUUUAACAUCAUAUGUAUGGAACUCAUCAGGUUUUUGACUAAUCCUAUUCACACACCACCUAGGUGCAGCUAGAAGGGGCUGGUGGGGUCAAGUGUUUUGCUCAUGUAUACUUCAGUGUGGGAUUGAACCCCCGACCUUCAGUUUGACAGACCACAAUAACAUUGAUCCACAGCUGUCUCGGAUAGUGAUGGGAACCUUACAUAGCAAUCUCUGUCAUCAAUGUAUAUGAUAUCCAGUCCAGCACACUGACUAUUUACCGUUUCUCCUGGUCACAGGUUUAAGUCUUUCCCUGAAGUCCUCUAUCAGAUCAUGUCCCUGGAUACAGUGUUGCUGAGCAAUAACCAAGUGGGCGGGGUGGAUCCUUCUCGCCUUCUUAAGUUGGUUCAUCUGACAACACUGGAUCUCUCCAACAAUGACCUGCUGAAUAUACCCCCUGAACUGGGCCUGUGCACAACCCUCAGGUAUGUGCAAAAAAAGGUCUACCCUAUCGUGUAUCUGUAUCCUGUAUAUCCAGAACUACAAACUGCAGCUGCAGUGUCCAGAUACCGAGGAAAAAAUAAUAAUUUAUUGUUAAGCACUCACUUUCUUUGUUGUACAAUACAGUCUAGUGAUCAUAACAUAAAAAUGAGACACAACCUACCCCAGCGUUCAUCCUCUUCUCUUUUAUUUUUACAUGUUCUUGAGGUGUAUUGAGUUCCUGAUACUGAGUCAUUUGUCCUGUCCUGUGUUUUGAUUUUAAAAAAGGGCUUAGAAAAAAAAUCAGUUUUCUUAUUUGCAACGUGUGUUUUCUCUAAGGUGCCUCAGUCUGGAGGGAAAUCCUUUCCGCACACCACGAGCAGCCAUAGUGGCCAAAGGGACGGAUGCACUGUUGGAGUACCUGCGCAGCCGUAUACCCUCAUGACCUCUGAAGCUAAUGUGUUCAGAAGUCUUUCAAGGUUAUUUUGAUGCAGCUAGCCUCCAAAUGAAAAACUAUGAAAUUUAGUGUUACUUCAGCCACCAGGUUUGGGUUAGAAGAGUGUGGUACAUGUCUGAAUGACAGAAAUAUGUUUGACAAUCAAAUCUGAUGUGAUGUGGACAGCAGUAGAAAAGACCUGAUGACGAAAUCACUUCUCACUAAAAGCUGUAGAGUAAGAUCAAACUGUGAACAGGCAUCCCUGCACAGGAUGAGCAGUAUGAUAAGUCAAGUGCGGUGGAAAAGCACUGCCAGAUUCUAAAAUCACCACUUAGUGAUCUAAAACAAACAAAAAAAAAAACGUUUGAAAUUUGUCACACAGAAAUUCAGUUUUUGCACGGUGAACACAGAGCCUAAUCUUAAUUUUUUUACUAGAGCUCAGAACACUAUUUGUGCUCACAUGAUAAAAGUCAGUUGUGUGUAUUUUUUACUGCAAUAGAAGAACACUGUAUGGAAGUGACAACUCAUCCAGCAGUCCACACGACAGCUCUCAUUAGCUUCUGAGCAUGGUGUAAGACAAAUUAUUUGCUUAUGGGUCUGGGUUAGUUAACAGGGCCCAUCCACUGAUUUUGCAGUGUAGGUUUAGCAUCAUUUCAAAAGUCUGCUAAUUAAAUGAACCGACAGAUUACUACUGACAGUAAUAGAGAAGGACUUGGUAAAGUUUCUUCAGUUUGAUUAAGCACUCUGAAUCUUAAAGCUCUUCCUUAUAUUGCAUGAUGCCAAAACAAAAAUCACUUAAAAGCUUAUUAUUUGUGUUCAUGUCACUGACAGCUGCAAUCCUGUAGGAAGGCACAGUCGACCAAGAAUGUGUGAGAUGUAAAUAAAAUGCAUGCGCCAUCACAUUUGUUUUAAAUAAACUUUAUUGAAACUGUCGACCAGAAAAAGUGCAACCUGACAGUGUGAAUGUUUUUAAAUGGAAAGUAUACAGAGCCACUAUGUGUAAAUAAACCAGGUUGUGUUCUACAAUCCUUGACUCAAAGUAAAAUAACUAUUUUUAAAAAGUGACUUACAGCCUUACUGAUCAAGCAAAUGUGGUUUCUUAGUUUUCCAAACAGAGAAAUCAGCAACAAUGUGGUGACCGUUUUCAACUGUGAAACAUGGCCAGUAUGAGGAAAUGACAUCUUCAUACUUCUCUUUGAAGAACAUAUCACGCAUCAGUAAUAUGUCAUAUUUAGCGGUAAAAAGUAAUGGAAACUAACACAGUCAGAGCAAAAAAUACACUGACUGUCUUUCAACUGGAUAACAGACAUAAAAACGUAUGGCUAUGACCAUUACAGGCACACAAUUCGAGACAAACAAACAGCAGGAAUGGUAGCCUUACAAUCUUAUACAAAAUAUUAAUACAAACUAAGCACUCUAAGAAAUGCUAAGAUAAUGUUAUGGUCCCAUGUGGCUAAAAAGUCAACACGCCUUGCUUGUAUUUACCCCAAAAUCCUACACUGUAAUAAAGAAGUCCAAGGUGUGUAGGAGUGGUGUUUGUGCCGCUGGUUAGUUCAUAAGAAGAGCUGUAGACAGGAUCUGAAAGUCUCAAAAGCACCACUUUAUACUUAGAGAGAUUAUUGUUGCAAAAUGGCCAACCUCCUUCAACUAUUUACAAAAAUAUCAAAUUUAAAUAAAAUACAAAUAAAAGUUUUUCUUGUCAAGAAGGGACGACUGAGGUGUUUGAAGGUUUGCUGUAAAACUGACUGUCUCUUGAUGGUUCCCUUUUCUUAACAGAACAGGCAUCACAGACUAUUAAUCAGUCUUCUGCUUCUUGGUUUCAACUUCAUCCU